CCCAUUUCUCUAUAGUGAGUGUCCAUUUGUCCGAUAAAGCCUUAUUCGACAAUUGUUAGGGCUACGAUGGCUGAAUGAGCUUCAAAGGAUCUCAGACCUAACUGUUCCUUUCAUCGUUUCGAUUUCAUCAUGUGAUCACUAUAGAUCUGCUUGGUCCAGCAGUGUGCUGGGUAGGAACCUGUAGUCCUGUUUGGAGAUAAAUUCUUCAGAUAGAGACUUAAUCAUGCAUGCUUUUAAGAGAUGCUUUCUAGAUUAUGUACUCCUGUAGUAAAAAAGGCAUAGUUGAUCAAUAAGCAUUGGUUGGUAGCAAGUCGAUAUGCAUGCCUUUAAUCAAAGCAUUGGUCUAUUCUAGAAGAAUUGAAUAUAUUUUUGAGUUAAAAUUUCAUUCUUUAUAAAAUGUAAACUCAGAGGAUCUUGAAUAAGGUGCCCAAAUGUGUAGUAUUCAGAAGUGAAAUGUAAUACAUUAUCAAUUAGUUAAGAUUAGGGACUGCAAGGUUCUAUUAUUGCUGCCGAACUCUCAGGUAUGAUCUUCAUCCUCCCCUUAACUUCCAAGUCUUACCUUUUGCUUUUAAAUACAAUUAAAAGCAGGUUAUUUUUCAAAUAAACUGCCAAGUAUAUAAUGUUUGAAAAAAAUGUUCUUAUUUUUUGUAAUAAGAAAUCAAAUUGUUAACUAUACAUUAUUCUAUUUUUAGAAACAUGCCCUAUCUUCUUCACUCAAAACUUUUACUUUUGAAAAUCUGGGUAUGUGAAAUUAUAUACCAAACUGCUCUUAGUUUUACCUUUGAUAUUUACCUUUCGUUGUUAACAUUGAAUCUAUGAGUUUGAGAAACACUUAAAAAGACUAAUUUAGCUAAACAUUUAGAUGAACAUUACUAAAAACACACAUAUUAUUAAGUUUUUCAUGAGUUUAAGGCAUAUUGCAUACCCCUUCAUCAUGGUUAUCAACUUCCAUAUUCUCAACAGGCCUGCCCAUUUUGGUUAUUGCUAAUCACAUUUGCAUAAUUUUUGAAAAAAGUUUGAAGCAGUAUACCUCUUCAUUGUUGAAAAUUACUUCUUGUGCAUCCCACUCCUGAUAUGCAGUCAAACUUCAAAUGACAUGCUUGUUGCUCUGGAUGUGUGAUUGGGUUGGACUUAUUUAUACUAAAAAUUUGAACUGCUCAAUGGUCAAUAAUGUUCAGUCUUUUAAUUUGAUUAGACAGCCCACAGUGCCCAAUGAAGUAGCUUAGUUUUGUUAUACACCACUUAUUUAAUGGGGACAACUUGCAUAUCUCAGUUCAAAAAAAUCUUGCGUUGUUGUUUAGCAUUUAUUAUCAGUGUACUUUUUAGAUAUAUUUUAAUAUGUUGUGUGGCUCAAGGAGAUAUGAGAGUACAAAUCAUUAAAUGCCAAAUCUUUUGAGAUCACUUAAUCUGCGAACUGAGUUCACAAAUCAAAUCCAAAUUACAUUUCGUUUUUCAAAUUUGCUACUGUUUUUGUCUUUAUGACUAUAAAGUUUUGAAAAGACACAUCGCUACAACAAUUAAUGCAUCCGUUGCCAUCACCUUGCAGGCUAUUAAAGUGAAUAAAACUGUUGACCACAAUUAAUGCAUUAUUCCACUCAAUACUUGACCCUAGUUGAUGGACCCUUUUUGACACGAACUCAGCUAUUUGACCCGCUACAUUUGGGCGGGAAUUCAUGCUGCUUUUCCACAGCAGUUUGUAUAUAGAAAGAUUGUGGACUCCAACUAUAAUGAUGGAUGUUUAACUAACUUUUACUGGUUGUUAGAGAUGUGGGCCAUUCGGCCUAUGAACUAAAAUGGUUGGCUGUCAUUCGACUCCAAAAUGAAAUUAGAAGCUGCAAAACAUUCUGAUAUGUGUAUAUCUGCUAUUAGUGCACUUCAUAAACGUGGUGGUCCACUCCUGAGGACAUCAAGAGGGGGCUAUGUGGCAUAAAAAAAGUUGCCAACAUUCAAGACUGAGGCAUAAAUCAGGUCUAGAGUUCUAGACACUCCGGCUUCCUCAGCAACGAACGGCGAGAUCUAUUGACUCCAGCUCCCAUUAAUUCUUUGUUCAAACUAGAGACAUAAAGACAUGCUAGGGUUUUCAUAUGGAGAGUUGUUUUUAUUGCUUGGAGCUACUGCGGCUUUAAUUGGACCUAAGGACCUUCCAGUCAUAGCAAGAACUGCUGGGAGGUUAUCUGGCCGUGCUAUUGGCUAUGUUCAAAUGGCCCGUGGUCAAUUUGAGAGUGUCAUGCAGCAAACUCAAGCUCGACAGGUCCACAAAGAGCUACAAGAUACAAUUGCUCAAUUAGAAGCCAUACGACAUGAAAUCCGAACCAUUUCUUUUGUGAAUCCGGGUCCAUUAACCACAAGGCUAGUUGAUAACAUAAAAAACCACCCACCCACUGCUGGUGCUGGUACAUCGAUGGAAAAUGGACCUGAAAAGUCUGAAAGUAAGGGCACAACUAUCAGUAAUACACCCAAGGAUUGUAACUUUAAGCCCUCAACCUCUUCUGAUAUGAACAGUCAAGCAACAGCAUAUGCAAAACUUGCUGAAAUCACAUUAUCAAAACCCAAGUAUGAAAACUGCGAAGCUCUGAAUGAGGUUCCUGAUAAGUCUGGUAAUCUUGUGCUUCCAGUCUCUGCUAAAAGUGCAGGUCUAUUGCCUGAUCAUACAGCUGAAGCAAAGGGAUCUGACAUUGUGCUAGAAGCAAUUAUAGAGGCAGAUGUGGCACAAAAUGCAAAGAAGUUUUUCUCACAGCCCCAAAAUCAAAUGAAAUGAAAUAGAGAUACUUGAGGCUAUGAUGAUGAAAUUCCCCCUUUUCUGACCCAGUUCAACGAACAUGGAUCUUUAAAUCUGAGCCUUGAACAACGAACAUGGAUCUGACAGACCAUCGGUUCUCUCCUCUAUGACGAUCUUCUCCCAUCUUCACCCUGCUUCUCGGAUGUCUUCUUUUGUCGUCUGUAAUCUCAUACCACCACAGUCAACCGUCCCAUUUCUCUAUAGUGAGUGUCCAUUUGUCCGAUAAAGCCUUAUUCGACAAUUGUUAGGGCUACGAUGGCUGAAUGAGCUUCAAAGGAUCUCAGACCUAACUGUUCCUUUCAUCGUUUCGAUUUCAUCAUGUGAUCACUAUAGAUCUGCUUGGUCCAGCAGUGUGCUGGGUAGGAACCUGUAGUCCUGUUUGGAGAUAAAUUCUUCAGAUAGAGACUUAAUCAUGCAUGCUUUUAAGAGAUGCUUUCUAGAUUAUGUACUCCUGUAGUAAAAAAGGCAUAGUUGAUCAAUAAGCAUUGGUUGGUAGCAAGUCGAUAUGCAUGCCUUUAAUCAAAGCAUUGGUCUAUUCUAGAAGAAUUGAAUAUAUUUUUGAGUUAAAAUUUCAUUCUUUAUAAAAUGUAAACUCAGAGGAUCUUGAAUAAGGUGCCCAAAUGUGUAGUAUUCAGAAGUGAAAUGUAAUACAUUAUCAAUUAGUUAAGAUUAGGGACUGCAAGGUUCUAUUAUUGCUGCCGAACUCUCAGGUUGUUAGAGAUGUCGGCCAUUUGGCCUAUGAACUAAAAUGGUUGGCUGUCAUUCGACUCCAAAAUGAAAUUAGAAGCUGCAAAACAUUCUGAUAUGUGUAUAUCUGCUAUUAGUGCACUUCAUAAACGUGGUGGUCCACUCCUGAGGACAUCAAGAGGGGGCUAUGUGGCAUAAAAAAAGUUGCCAACAUUCAAGACUGAGGCAUAAAUCAGGUACCAUCCCCUCACUUGUUCACACCACCCUCAUCAACCAAUGGAAAGCAAGGAAGCAUCAUGUCACAAAUUUUGGCAACAAUACCAUUGGAAAGACAGGAAGCUCAAAGUUGGUUAAGAUUCGAUUUUUGAAUUGGAGACUUUAGAUACUUGCUUUUGUUCUAGCUCUAGCUGAAGCAAAGGGAUCUGACAUUGUGCUAGAAGCUAUUCUAGAGGCAGAUGUGGCACAAAAUGCAAAGAAGUUUUUCUCACAGCCCCAAAAUCAAAUGAAAUGAAAUAGAGGUUGUUAGAGAUGUGGGCCAUUCGGCCUAUGAACUAAAAUGGUUGGCUGUCAUUCGACUCCAAAAUGAAAUUAGAAGCUGCAAAACAUUCUGAUAUGUGUAUAUCUGCUAUUAGUGCACUUCAUAAACGUGGUGGUCCACUCCUGAGGACAUCAAGAGGGGGCUAUGUGGCAUAAAAAAAGUUGCCAACAUUCAAGACUGAGGCAUAAAUCAGGUACCAUCCCCUCACUUGUUCACACCACCCUCAUCAACCAAUGGAAAGCAAGGAAGCAUCAUGUCACAAAUUUUGGCAACAGUCUAGAGUUCUAGACACUCCGGCUUCCUCAGCAACGAACGGCGAGAUCUAUUGACUCCAGCUCCCAUUAAUUCUCUGUUCAAACUAGAGACAUAAAGACAUGCUAGGGUUUUCAUACGGAGAGUUGUUUUUAUUGCUUGGAGCUACUGCGGCUUUAAUUGGACCUAAGGACCUUCCAGUCAUAGCAAGAACUGCUGGGAGGUUAUCUGGCCGUGCUAUUGGCUAUGUUCAAAUGGCCCGUGGUCAAUUUGAGAGUGUCAUGCAGCAAACUCAAGCUUGACAGGUCCACAAAGAGCUACAAGAUACAAUUGCUCAAUUAGAAGCCAUACGACAUGAAAUCCGAACCAUUUCUUUUGUGAAUCCGGGUCCAUUAACCACAAGGCUAGUUGAUAACAUAAAAAACCACCCACCCACUGCUGGUGCUGGUACAUCGAUGGAAAAUGGACCUGAAAAGUCUGAAAGUAAGGGCACAACUAUCAGUAAUACACCCAAGGAUUGUAACUUUAAGCCCUCAACCUCUUCUGAUAUGAACAGUCAAGCAACAGCAUAUGCAAAACUUGCUGAAAUCACAUUAUCAAAACCCAAGUAUGAAAACUGCGAAGCUCUGCUAAAAGUGCAGGUCUAUUGCCUGAUCAUACAGGUUGUUAGAGAUGUGGGCCAUUCGGCCUAUGAACUAAAAUGGUUGGCUGUCAUUCGACUCCAAAAUGAAAUUAGAAGCUGCAAAACAUUCUGAUAUGUGUAUAUCUGCUAUUAGUGCACUUCAUAAACGUGGUGGUCCACUCCUGAGGACAUCAAGAGGGGGCUAUGUGGCAUAAAAAAAGUUGCCAACAUUCAAGACUGAGGCAUAAAUCAGUGCACUUCAUAAACGUGGUGGUCCACUCCUGAGGACAUCAAGAGGGGGCUAUGUGGCAUAAAAAAAGUUGCCAGAUCUAUGGUAAGCUUGUGAAGAAGAGAAAUGGAGAUGGUAAUGAAACAGGCAAUAUGAAGAGGCAGAAGACAACAUCUAUGCGUGGCAGCUCAAGUAAAAAUGCAUUUGUGGUUGAUUGGACUAAACACAUCAAACAAACCGAUGCACAGUUGUUACACAUGAGAUAGAUCAAUACCUCAAUGAUUCUUUGGAACCUAUUGGAGCAAAACCGCCUCAAGAAACCGAGGAAGAUGAUACUUCUUUCAAUGAAGAGGUUGCUGAAGAGGAAUACUGGACGUUUGAUGUCUUGCAAUGGUGGAAAUGUGCUUCACCCAAUUAUCCUGUUUUAGCAUCAAUUGCUAGAGAUGUAUUUGCUAUACUAGUUUCAACAGUUGCCUCUGAGGGUGCUUUUAGCACAGGUGGACGAGUAAUUGAUGAUUUUAGAAGUUCAUUAACCCCAUCUUCCGUAGAAGCUUUAAUUUGUAUGCAGAAUUGGCUCAAAGGAGAUAAUAUUAUUACUCAUUUUGAAGAUGAACCAUGAACAAAAGAACUGGAGUUUUAUGAAGCCAUUGAGACAGAGUUGGCAAAUGCAAGACCUGGAAGCUCAAGUAUUCAUGAAGAUGAAGAGGAAAUUUGAAACUGAUGUUCUGUGUUUUACUUUUUGUACUACUAUAGUUUAAUGGAGUAGCAAAUUGAAGAUCUUUUGCCAUGCAAUAAGUAUGAAGGUAUUUGACUUGUUAAAUAGUUAAUACCUGUAGAUUAUAUUAUGUGCUCUUUUUUAAAAUAUUGUGGUGCAUGUAUUUCCCGGAGACCCAAUGUGUAUGAAGGUAAUGAAGAACCUCUUGUAGACCAGAUGUUAAAUGAAGUUGCAAAUGAACUCGAUGCUUUUUGGAUAUCAUCUGCUAGUAGUGUCUGGAGAAGUUAAUGAACUCGAU